AUGUCGCGCAUGCUCAACGGCUGCUUCAUCAGUCGCAGGAUAUGCACAUUCUGGAUCGUUUCUGACAUUGAUAUCUUAGAGGCGGGCCGCAUCGGCUUCGUAGGACCGUUCAACCGCGAACAUCAAGAUUUACAGCCGGAUGGAGAUCAACAAUAUCCAAAGACUGCGAAUGGGAGAAUCAGGGUGAAAAAGGUUCUGCUGGUAUCCGGAUCGGACAAAUCAACAAAUACCAAUGCUGUGCCCGGUGACAAGGAUCCAGGAUGCCCUUAUGGCUGCGGAUGGAAGGAUCAGACAGAUGAUGAAUCGGUACCCAUCACCGCAUUGGAAGAUCCUUGA